AUUCUGUUUCCUGAGCUGCAGGCUCCUCCCGCACACAAGGAACGGACCCAGCUGGUGCCUCAGAUCAAACAAUGGCCGAGGCUGAAUAUUUCAUCUGGACUAAUCCUGAGGGUGACUUUGAGAAAGAAUUUGGAAAUAUCACGGGAAUGCUGCCCACUGGAGAUUAUUUCAUCCCCUGUAAGAGAGUUCCAAUAACCAACAGGCAGGCUUUAGUUGUCUUUUAUGCACUGGUGUCCCUUCUGAGCUUGCUGGGAAACUCGCUGGUGAUGCUGGUUAUCUUAUACAGGCGAAGGACCCGAUCCGUCAUGGAUGUCUACGUGCUGAACCUAGCCAUCGCCGACCUACUCUUUUCAUUGACCCUGCCCUUCUUGGCUGUCUCCAAAUUGAAGGGCUGGAUUUUUGGCACACCCCUGUGCAAGAUGGUCUCACUCCUGAAGGAAUUCAACUUCUUCAGUGGUAUCCUGCUGCUGGCCUGCAUCAGUGUGGACCGAUACCUGGCCAUCGUCCAUGCCACCCGUACGCUGGCCCGAAAGCGCUACUUGGUUAAAUUCGUGUGCGUGGGCAUCUGGGGUCUAUCUUUGAUUCUGUCUCUGCCUUUUGCUAUCUUCCGCCAGGCAUAUAAACCAUUCCGUUCUGGUACAGUCUGCUAUGAAGUCCUGGGUGAAGCCACAACAGAUUUUCGGAUGACCUUGCGGGGUCUGUCCCACAUAUUUGGCUUCCUCCUGCCGCUGCUCACUAUGCUGGUCUGCUACGGGCUCACACUGCGCAUGCUCUUUAAGACCCACAUGAGGCAGAAACACCGGGCCAUGGGGGUGAUCUUUGCUGUUGUGUUGGUCUUCUUGCUCUGUUGUCUGCCCUACAAUCUGGUUCUGCUCUCAGACACUCUCUUAGGAGCCCACUUGAUUGAAGAUACUUGCGAACGCCGCAAUGACAUUGACCAGGCCCUGUAUAUUACUGAGAUCCUGGGCUUUUCUCAUAGUUGUCUUAACCCUAUCAUCUAUGCCUUCGUUGGCCAAAAUUUUCGCCAUGAAUUCCUCAAGAUCCUUGCUAACCAUGGCCUGGUUCGCAAGGAGGUUUUGACACACCGCCGUGUUGCCUUUCAUACGUCUCUCACCGCUAUUUAUUAAACCUCUGAGAAUUACCGGAAAGUGAUCGCUUGCCCUCAAAGAGAAGGAUAACUAUUGUGCCAAUGUGCUGUGUGAGUGUGUGCGUGUGUUGUGUGUAUGUGUGUAUGUGUGGUAUAUGUGUGUGUGUGUGUGUGUAUGUAUGGUGUAUGUAUGUAUGUAUGUAUGUAUGUAUAUAUGGUGUGUGUGUGUGUUUUGUGUGUGUAUAUGUAUGUAUGCGUGGUAUAUGUGUGUGUGGUGUGUGUCAGUGUAUGUGUAGUGUAUAUGUGUGUGUGUAUAUAUGUAUGUGUGGUAUAUGUGUGUGUGUGCUGUGUGUGUAUGUGUAUGUGUGUGUGUAUAUAUGUAUAUGUAUGCAUGUAUGCAUGUAUGGUGUAUGUGUUUUGUGUGUGUAUAUGUAUGUAUGCAUGGUAUAUGUGUGUGUGUGGUGUGUGUGAGUGUAUGUGUAGUAUGAGUAUGUGUGUAUGGUAAGUGUACUUAUUUAUGUUGCUGUAUCUGUGUGUGUGGUGUGUAUGUAUGUAUGUGUAGUAUAUGCAUGUGUCUGUAUGUACUGUGUAUGUCUGUCUGUAUAUAGUGUGUGUGUGUGUGUGUGUGUGUGUGUACUAUGGCUAUGGGCAGAUACUAUCUGCUUUGGGGAGGGAGGAGACAAGAUCAGGAGAAGUUAGUAACUACUGGGCCCACACCAGCUUUCCGAGGAGGUGCUGAUGGCCCUCCAAGAACUUUAUACUUCCAUGAGGAAUAACGCUUCACCAUUUCUAUUGAACAUAUACAUCUUUGACUUGUGAUCUGGGUAAUUAUCAUGGUCACACCUGUAGCCUAACCCACCAUUAGAACAAAGAACUGGGACUUGCAUCUAACAUUAGCCCUCAUGGGCUGGAUUCUCUCUUUGGAACACCACCCAGACUGCUCAGCACACUCCAGCAGGCUGUCUGGGAGCUUUCUGUCCUGUGAUCUGAGCUCAUGAGAUUGUUUUUCCAUCUUGAGGAAUGUUGCAAUGCCCGCUGAGGACAUCGGUCAGGUGCUAUGGAAGCGUCAAGCCACCAGGCAGCCUUGUGAUGGAGCUGAAGAGUUUCUUCCCUUUAGGUGUCAUGAGUGGACGGAGGGUAUUUGGGAAGCCAGGCCUAGUGCAUGAGAAUCCCCUUUACCCCGUGACCGGUGUCACCAAGGGUGAUGUGUGUGUGUUGGGUGCCAGCUGAGCCAAGGAUGGAGCAAGACCAGCAGAUGUAACUUUUGCCCUCUUGGCACUUCCAGUUUGACAUGGAGCAACGGGCAACUUUAUAAACCCAAGUAUGCUGUCAAUCAUCUGGGCAGGCAGAUGUUUCCAAUACAACUUCUGUCCCAUGUCUGUCCAUGGGGGUGCCAAAAUGAAAGGUGUGUGUGGAGUAGCUGGUGUUCCUGCAGCAGAACAGGAGUAGCCCUCCCUCCUCAUAAACUGGGUGUGGGCUAGUGGCUUUACUGGAACAAUCUCUGCAGGCAUGGCCUCAGGCAGGCUCUCACUCCAUGCUCACCACUGUCUCUCACGGGUCAAGAGGUCCCCUUUGUACCUCAUAUGCGAACAUGUGUGACUUCAGCCUUAUACCGAUGUAUAGCCAUUGUCCCCCUGGGGGGACCUGGCUUGUCUCCUUUACAUUGUAUUAAGUUACUUCCUAACCACCCCCAACCCCUGCCAAAUGACUUUGGGAAAUUACGUUUGGGAAUGGAGAGAAUGCUUGGUGGUUAAGAUAACUUGCUGCUCUUUCAGAGGAUUUGAUUCCCAGCAUCCACCUGGUGGAUCACAAUCAUCUGUAACUUAGGUUCCAGAGGGAUCCAAUGCCCUCUUCUGACUUCUGCAGCCGGUAAACAUGCACACAAUAUGUAGACAUAUGUUCAAGCAAAGCAACCACACACAUAUAAUUUACAAAUCUAAAAUUAUUUUUUCAAAGGGCUGAAGAGAUGGCUCAGAGGUUAAGGGCAUUGUCUGCUCUUCCAGAGGUCCUGAGUUCAAUCCCCAGCAACCACAUGGUGGCUCACAAACAUCUGUAGUGGGCUCUGAUGCCCUCUUUUGGUGUGUCUGAAGACAGCUACAGUGUACUUAUAUACACAAAAUAAAUAAAUCUUUUAAAAAAUUGC